CGGAGUCCGGGCGUUCUGGCAGCACCAGUGCCGGGCAGCAGAGACGGGCUGGGCUGGCACUCACCCACGACCCCCCUUCCCCGCUAUAAUGGUCCGUCAGUAGCAGGCUCCAGAGCCCCCGGGGCACGUGGGCAGAGCGAGCCCCAGCCAGGUGCGCGGAGACACGAGCGCUUUAGGGUACUGUGGGGACAGCUCUGCCUGCUGCGCGCUCUGGUGCCUGUGGAGAUGCCCAACUGACAGGCGAGUUCGUGGGGACAGGAACGUUCCCUCUUGGCCCAAGCCCGCUGUAUCCAUGGCGCUGCUGUCCAGUCUGCUACUCCUGUGCUGCUUGGCACUGCUGGCACUGCCAGCCCAGAGCUGUGGGCCGGGCCGGGGACCUGUGGGUCGGCGCCGCUACGUGCGCAAGCAGCUAGUGCCGCUGCUCUACAAGCAAUUUGUACCCAGCGUGCCCGAGCGGACCCUGGGAGCCAGUGGGCCGGCCGAGGGGAGGGUGGCAAGGGGCUCCGAGCGCUUCCGGGACCUCGUGCCCAACUACAACCCAGACAUCAUCUUCAAGGAUGAGGAGAACAGUGGCGCCGACCGCAUGAUGACCGAGCGCUGUAAGGAGCGGGUGAACGCGCUGGCCAUUGCCGUGAUGAACAUGUGGCCUGGAGUGCGCCUGCGGGUGACCGAGGGCUGGGACGAGGACGGACACCACGCUCAGGACUCUCUCCACUACGAAGGCCGCGCUUUGGACAUCACCACGUCCGACCGCGACCGCAAUAAGUAUGGGUUGCUGGCGCGCCUGGCAGUGGAAGCUGGCUUCGACUGGGUCUACUACGAGUCCCGCAACCAUGUCCACGUGUCGGUCAAAGCUGAUAACUCACUGGCGGUCCGGGCGGGCGGCUGCUUUCCGGGAAAUGCCACCGUGCGCCUGCGGAGCGGCGAGCGGAAGGGGCUGCGGGAACUGCAUGGAGGAGACUGGGUGCUGGCGGCGGAUGCGGCGGGCCGGGUGGUGCCCACGCCGGUGCUGCUCUUCCUGGACCGGGACUUGCAGCGCCGCGCCUCCUUUGUGGCUGUGGAGACCGAGCGGCCCCCGCGCAAACUGUUGCUCACGCCCUGGCACCUGGUGUUCGCCGCUCGGGGGCCGGCGCCCGCGCCAGGCGACUUUGCACCGGUGUUCGCGCGCCGGCUGCGCGCCGGGGACUCGGUGCUGGCGCCCGGCGGGGACGCGCUGCGGCCGGCGCGCGUGGCCCGCGUGGCGCGGGAAGAAGCCGUGGGCGUGUUCGCGCCGCUCACCGCACACGGGACGCUGCUGGUCAACGAUGUCCUGGCCUCGUGCUACGCGGUUCUGGAGAGUCACCAGUGGGCGCACCGCGCCUUUGCUCCUUUGCGUCUGCUGCACGCGCUGGGGGCGCUGCUCCCCGGCGGGGCGGUCCAGCCUACUGGCAUGCACUGGUACUCUCGGCUUCUCUACCGCUUGGCGGAGGAGUUGCUGGGCUAACCGGCCCAAGCAUGGAAACCUCGAGGGGCCCGACGAAACGGGGGCAUGCUGGCUGAAAUCUGGGGAAGCAGGCGGUGCCGACUGGGAGGGAGGGAGGGAAGGAUAGGGAGACACAUGGGGCUAUAUGGAAACUGCCUGGCUUAGGGGCAACUUCGAACUGAAUUCAGGGAGGUGAUCCCGGGUCCUAGGUAGGCGGGGCUCAUGGUGCGCACUCCGUGACGAAGACUGUUUAGCCUUUUCCCCAGUGCUUCAGCCCUACCCGAUAAUUUUAUUUUAUUUUCUAUUUAUAAAUUGUAAUAUAAUGAUCUGCUUGCCCAGCCUGCCAAGGUGAGGAGCUGGGGCAUGUCGUUAGCACCGUCUGACACAAUCAGCCGAUCUGACGUCUGACAUUUUCCUGCAGGUAGGCUAAUAUAGGAAAGGCUUCCAGAAGCUUACUGGAAA